GUGACUACUUCCUCCGCGCCCGUUUUGAAUUUGCGUUGUGUAACACAAAGCAAUAAUCCUAGCAAGUAAAUAGGACGUUGUCACAAAAAGUAAGUAGCUAGCUCUAACUGUUUUGGCAACCAAAAGCUAGUUAUCCAUUAUUAUAUAGCAAAUAAUUUGGGAUUUACUAACCAGUUUCGCUUCUGAUUUUUUUGGACAUUUACCAACAUACAUAGCUUCCUGCUUCACACAUAUAGCUAAGAUAAGUUAUUCGUGGUUUCACGGAGAGCUAAUUAUCAGCAUGGAUGGAGAUACCCAAAUGUUAUUUCAAAGAAUUGCUGACAAAAUGGGAUGGACAGAGGAAGGAGGAUUGGAGAUGGCUGAAGAAGAGCUUCUAAGGAGCAUCAGUAAGACCCGUCUGGCAACAUGCCGGACCCAGCCCCAGGAGUUGCAUUCGCCAGUUAGGUUUCUCCUGUUGGACAGCGCAGAUGACACCUUUGGGAAGGAGAACCAGAGAAACCAAGCCUCCAAUGCCAUAGACUACAGGGAUCAAGUCCAGAUUGAGUCAAGCGAAGAUGACUUUGAUCAGUUUCUGAUGCAGAAUGCUACACCAAAAGAAGAUUUAAGAAAAUCCAGGAGUGCUCCCAAGAAAGAGAGUGUUUCUGUUGCUGUUGUUGUGAGUUCAGACUGUGAGGACAGCUUUGAGGCCUUUUUAAACCGUGUGAAAACACCAAAGGCCAAGCCUAAGACCACAGCCGAGAAUGAGGGUGAAGACAGUUUAAAAAACGUCAUUGUUGAUGACUUUUCUUCUGACGAUGACUUUAUCAUUGAGAAGAAGAAACCCUCUACCUGCAAAAUAUACAAGACUCCCAAAGCCAACAUUUCCCAACCCCCAGUCAGAAAACCCCUGACUGAAUGUGACUCCCCAGUCUUCCUCAGUGACAGCGAUGAUGAUUAUAGUAUUGUCUCUAAGAGCACCUGGAGGAGCCGUCAUCCUCCACGCCAUCCCUCAUCACGCACCAAAACUGUCAAUAUUCUGGAGAGUAAUCUGGAGGACAUUUCUCCUUCAUCCUCUCAGUCUUCCUCCCCUUUUCUGCCAUCUUUCCUAGCUCCUACUCCAUCUUUUCCCUCCUCCCUCUUUUUGGCCCAGCCUCAGCAGACACACUUUGCGUCCCCUCGGCGGACAUACUCUGCUCCGUCCAAGCUGGAAGACUCUGUCAGCUCAGAGGAGGAGUUCCUCUCCUUACUUGACAGAGUGAGGAAGAACAGAUUGCUUGGCAGCAACACUCCUACACCCAAAAACAAUACAGGGUCAAGUUAUAGGCUUCAUGCCCCUACUCCUACUACAACACCUGUCUCAAAACCUUCCACAAAGGGACAGAAAAGAGCGGGCCCUCGACCUGGAGGAAGAAUGCCAAUGCAUAUGAAAACCUCAGUGCCGCCACAACCUGCAGUCACACAUACGGAGCCCAGACCCAGCACCUUCAGCAGCAGACUAGGGAUGUGUAGGACUCCCGGUUGUUUCCUUCAAUCCCUAUCCACCUACGCAUGUGGCUUCAAGCUAAUCAAGGAAAACCUCACAGCUAAACUCUUCCAACUGUACAACACCAGUGUAUUUGAGAGCAAGCUGCCUGCUGGCAUGUCAGUCAGCUGGAACAAGAAGAUGAGGAAGACUGCAGGAUAUUGUAUCACUGGACAGGAGCGGGUGGGAGGUAACCGCUACGCACGCAUCGAGCUCUCUGAGAAAGUUUGUGACUCUGCAGACCGCCUGAGGGACACCCUGGUGCACGAAAUGUGCCAUGCCGCCACCUGGCUAAUCAACGGCGUACGAGACGGCCAUGGACCCUUCUGGAAACUGUACGCCAGAAAGGCCACGCUGGUCCACCCAGAGCUACCCAUGGUGACCCGCUGUCACAGCUAUGACAUCAACUACAAGUACAAGUACCAGUGCAGUCACUGCAAGAACACGAUCGGGCGCCAUUCCAAAUCUCUAGAUACUCAGAGAUUCAUAUGUGCCCUCUGCACAGGGCCAUUGGUCCUUCUGGUCUCCGCCAACAGCAAGCCCCGUGCACCCACACCUUUUGCAAGUUUUGUCAAAGAAAACUAUGGAAGUAUGCGCCAGGAGCUGACGGGACAGAGCCAUGCUAAUGUGAUGCGUAAACUCAGUGCCAACUUUGCCACCAAGACUCGCCUUAGCCAGAGCUGAGAUUCAAGCAGAGGCCUGUUUCCAGCAUCUUCUGCCAUUUAUGCAUUUAAGGAGAUCUGAGAGGGUUGGACGAGUUCAUGUAAUAUGUUGAUAGUUUUAACUUAACCAGAUUCAUACUCCUCAUGUCGUGUCUGUCAACUGCUCAGCCCUCAGCAGAAACGCAAAUGUGCAAAUUGUGUUUCUGCUGAGGGCUGAGCAGUUGACUGUGGCAGGACCUCACUGUCUGAGAAACAAACUGGGUUUAUUGUAGCACACCUCUUCUUAAUAACCUCCAAUUUAACCUGCUACCAAAGUGAAGUAAGAUCUUCUGGAGAUGCUGUGAUGGUCCAUACCAUGCCAUACAUCUUACCUCUAAGCUGGACACUCAUUGCAGCCUGUUUCUGUGAAUCAGUAUGUCAGGCACCGGAGGCUCUAGACUGAACUAACAAUGGAAACCUGUCCUUUUAUGUACCAAUUGCAAUAGUAUAGUCAUGUGACUGACAGAACUGAUCAAUUACCUCAAAAUGAGAUUGUGUAUUCGUAGGACCAUUAUGUUGUCACUUUUGGGAAUGGGAACAGCAGUAAUGAUACUCCUCUGGCAAAUGACCCAGUGUUGUGAAUUCACCAAGUGAAAUUAAAUGAUUUCUUUUUUUUGUAAUAUUUGUCUUUCAUGUUUGUUCUGUGAUUUUG